AUGACGUUGGGUCAGAUUACCGAAGCCGUACAUCUAGAUGCCGGUAGUAUCAUACAUCUGCUCGGUGGCGUUACGCUCGACAGUGAAAAGAGAAUAGCAGGUGCGAAGGCGAUGAUGUUACCGUAUGCCUUGCGUCAUUCGGCCGUGGGCGAAGAUUGGUUGGCUGAGCAGUGGGAGCUGCGACUUGCCGAUUUCUUGCUACAUUACGAUUCCCCUGUGAUCCGUGCAAACUGGUGGACUUACGAAACACUGGCCGCAGAGAGUGCGAGAGAUCGCAAUCAGCUGAUUAGGCUCGCGGUCGGCGGAGUCAUUUCAGCGGCAAUGGCCAUCGCUUCUGCCAUUGGACUGUUGCUUCUACUCGGUUUCGGCAUACCAAGCUGUCGCCGAUUCCAAUGCCGUUCAUAA